GCGUGAACCCGGGAGGCAGAGCUUGCAGUGAGCCGAGAUUGUGCCACUGCACUCCAGCCUGGGCGACAGAGCAAGACUCCGUCUGAAAAAAAAAAAAAAUUUCAAAAAGAAAGUAUUAUCUCCCUCUGAAUGUCGGUAGCACCCCCAUCUAGAAAUGGGGCUGGAUUCUGAGAAGCAGAAUUAAUAUUGAGGCAGAGAGCAUGGUCAUUUUGAAGCUCUUACAACAUACUGCCAAAUCGUUUGCCAAAGAUAUUCUAAUUGAUUGCCCUCACCAAUAGUAUAUGAAAGUAGUUUUUUGCUGGCCCUGACCAGCAUUCAGUGCUCACAGUUCUAGAAUUUGGAAAGGCUUUGAGUGUGGAGGAAAGACCGCAGAUAGCCUGAGCUCAAACACUAGCUUUGUUCCUACUGACCAGAUGACUCUAGCAGCUGAGUUUCCCCAACUUUGAAAAUGGGAGUGGUAAUACUGACUCACAGGGUGGUGCUAAGGCUUGAAUGGGAUAACAGAUGCAAAAGGCUAGUAUGGCCUGGUAGCUGGUAGGUUCCCAUUGACUGUCUGUUCCCAUUUUCUUUUAUUCCUGUUGCACACUCUACCCAUAUCCAUCAUAAUGAUUAUCUUAUCAUGUGUUGAUCGCUGCCCUUCCACUGAGGUCAUUGAGCAUAGGACCCAUGCCUUCCCCGUAUUUGCAUUUCUAAUACAGUGCUGGGCACACUCAUUGCAUUUCUAAUGGGGGUGUGUUGAACAAAAGUAUUAUUGAUGUAUGUGCCCAGCAAUGCUGUAGACACUUGGGAUAAAGCAAUGACCUAAACAAAAACCCCUGCCCUUAAUGUGCUGACACUCCAACAGGGGCAAGUAAAUAAUAAGCAAGUAAUCACAUAAGUGUAUCACAUAUCAGGUGGUGAAGAGCAAAUAAAGCAGUGUAGAAGCACAGAGACUUACUGAUAAGGUGUCUUUUGUGUAGAGGCCUGACUUAGAUAAGGGAGAGAACACCUAACAAUUAUCAAAUGCACUUUUUUUUUUUUUUUUUUGAGACAGAAUAUCACUCUUGUCGGCCAGGCUGGAGUGCAGUGGCACAAUCUCUGCUCACUGCAACCUCCACCUCCCGGGUUCAAGCAAUUCUCCUGCCUCAGCCUCUCAAGUAGCUGGGAUUACAGGCCCCCGCCACCACGCCUGUAUAGUUCUCGUAUUUUUAGUAGAGAUGGGGUUUCGCCAUGCUGGCCAGGCUGGUCUCGAAUUCCUGACCUUGUGGUCCACCUGCCUCAGCCUCCCAAAGUGCUGGGAUUACAGGUGUGAGCCACCACACCCAGCUGACAUUAUUAUUAUUAUUAUUAUUAUUAUUAUUAUUAUUUUGAGAUGGAGUCUCUGUUGCCAGGCUGGAGUGCAGUGGCGUGAUCUCGGCUAACUGCAGUCUCCGCCUCCCGGGUUCAAGAGAUUCUCCUGCCUCAGCCUCUCAAGUAGCUGGGACUACAGGCACACGCCACCAUGCCCAGCUAAUUUUUUUGUAUUUUUAGUAGAGACGGGGUUUCAUCAUGUUGGCCAGGAUGGUCUCGAACUCUUGACCUCAUGAUCGGCCCGGCUUGGCCUCCCAAAGUGCUGGGAUUACAGGCAUGAGCCAACAUUAUAAUGCCUGGCCAACAUUAUUUUUUUUAAAGCUUUAUUUUUAUUUUAUUUUAUUUUUUGAGAUGGAGUUUCAUUCUUGUUGCCCAGGCUGGAGUGCAAUGGCACAAUCUCAGCUCACUGCAACCUCCGCCUUCCAGGUUAAAGGGAUUCUUCUGCCUCAGCCUCCCAAGUAGCUGGGAUUACAGGCGUGCACCACCAUGUCCGGCUUAUUUUGUAUUUUUAGUAGAGAUGGGGUUUCUCCAUGUUGGUCAGGCUGGUCUUGAACUCCUGACCUCGUGAUCUACUCGCCUUGGUCUCCCAGCAUGCUGGGAUUCUGGAGGCAUGAGCCACCGCGCCUGGCCUCCAGAACAUUUUUAUCAUCCCCAAAAGAAAUUCCCAAACCCAUUAGCAACCACUCCCAUUUUUGUCUCUCUUCAGCCUCUGACAAACACUAAUAUGCUUUCUCUUUUUUUCUUUUUUUUUUUUUUUUUUUUUGAGACGGAGUCUACCUCUGUCACCAAGCCUGGAGUGCAGUGGCACACUCUCGGCUCACUGCAACCUCCGCCUCCCAGGUUCAAGAGAUUCUCCUGCCUCAGCCUCCCAAGUAGUUGGGAUUACAGGCCCAGUUCCAAGGCUCCGGCAUCCUGCGUCUCACUGAGCACUGCUGCCCGAUGGCCAUCCCCAAGCACUCCCUGAGCCCAGUGCCAUGGGAAGAGGACAGCUUCCUUCAAGUGAAGGUGGAGGAGGAAGAGGAAGCCAGCCUCUCCCAGGGCGGAGAAUCCAGCCAUGACCACAUUGCUCACCCUGAGGCUGCACGCCUGCGCUUCCGGCACUUCCGCUAUGAGGAGGCAUCUGGUCCACACGAGGCCCUGGCCCACCUCCGAGCCCUGUGCUGUCAGUGGCUGCAGCCCGAGGCGCGCUCCAAGGAGCAGAUACUGGAGCUGCUGGUGCUGGAGCAGUUCCUGGGUGCGCUGCCCCCAGAGAUCCAAGCCUGGGUGGGAGCCCAGAGUCCCAAGAGCGGAGAGGAAGCCGCUGUGCUGGUGGAGGAUCUGACUCAGGUGCUGGACAAGAGAGGAUGGGAUCCAGGAGCCGACCCCACAGAGGCAAGCUGCAAGCAGAGCGACCUGGGAGAGUCAGAGCCAUCAAAUGUGGUCACUGAGACCCUCAUGGGAGGUGUUUCCCUCGGACCCGCCUUUGUCAAGGCAUGUGAACCUGAGGGCAGCUCAGAGAGGUCUGGACUAUCAGGGGAGAUCUGGACAAAGUCUAUCACACAACAGAUCCAUUUCAAGAAAACUUCAGGGCCUUACAAGGAUGUCCCCACAGACCAGCAUGGCCGUGAAUCUGGUGCCUCGAGGAACAGUUCUAGUUUGUGGCCAAACCUCACCUCCCAAGAGAAGCCUCCUUCAGAAGACAAAUUUGAUCUGGUGGAUGCUUAUGGGACAGAGCCUCCAGACACCUACUCAGGGAAGAGGUCCUCCCAGUGUCGCGAGUGUAGGAAGAUGUUCCAGAGUGCCUCGGCGCUCGAGGCACACCAGAAGACCCAUUCUCGGAAGACACCAUACGCCUGCAGCGAGUGUGGGAAAGCCUUCAGCCGGAGCACUCACCUCGCCCAGCACCAGGUUGUCCACACAGGGGCGAAGCCCCAUGAGUGUAAGGAAUGUGGGAAGGCCUUCAGCCGAGUCACCCACCUGACUCAGCACCAAAGGAUUCAUACUGGAGAGAAACCCUACAAAUGUGGGGAAUGUGGUAAAACGUUCAGCCGCAGCACUCAUCUCACCCAGCACCAGCGGGUGCACACGGGGGAGCGGCCCUACGAGUGUGACGAGUGCGGGAAGGCCUUCAGCCAGAGCACGCACCUGACUCAGCACCAGCGCAUCCACACCGGGGAGAAGCCCUACAAGUGUGACGCGUGUGGCAGAGCCUUCAGCGACUGCUCAGCCCUCAUCCGACAUCUGAGAAUCCAUUCUGGAGAGAAGCCAUAUCAGUGUAAGGUUUGUCCGAAGGCUUUUGCACAGAGCUCCUCCCUCAUUGAGCACCAGAGGAUCCACACAGGAGAGAAGCCUUAUAAGUGCAGCGACUGUGGGAAGGCCUUCAGCCGUAGCUCAGCCCUGAUGGUUCACUUGCGGAUCCACAUCACGGUACUGCAAUGACCGGAAGUCGCCCCUCGGGGCAUAGCACAGCGUCUUCAUGGAGGCUCAAUAUCUAAGAGAAACCCUGAGUUCCUCAAGAGCCACAAACGGGGGGUGACUGAUGAGCUGUCAAAAUGAUAGGGGCCUGAGGGCAGACUCGGCUGUCUAGGAACAACUCUGCAUUUGAGGAACCCUUGUGAGCACAGGGUGAUUCAGGCCAGCUGGAGAAGCUUCCAGAAGGGCCCCGAACUGCUACCCUCUAUUUCCUACUCAGGACUGUCCCAGAGAGAAGGCAGCUGAGCUGAGGAUUUAGACUGGUUCUGAGGGCCAGGGCAAAUGAAGGCACACGUCUCUCAGAACUCAGCGUCCCAAGACGCUCUGGGCAGACAGACUGUAGCUUGUUCUCAUGUGGUUCUUGCCUGCUUUUCUGCUGCUUAGCCCAGAAGGGACACCUGCCAUGCCCACCUCUGUGCCUUGGCACCUACUGUUUCCACUCCAGCCUAUUUUGUGCCUAACUCCAGGGCUGACUUUUGAGACUGCCUCUUCCAUGAUGCCUUUUCCACACUCUGCCUCUCUCAUGGUUUCCUGUCGUAAUCAGUGGUGCUGCUUGACACCUGCCCAACACGUUCCUGUCUCUCCUUUUCCUUCCACAUCCCACCAGUCACCAGCGCUAUUGUUUUAACCUAAAGCUUAUCUCUAAUUCACCUCCUUUUCCACCACUGCUACCUUAUGUGAGCCCUCAUUCCCUUUUGCCUGGAUUAUAGCCGGGGUCUCCUUCCUGACCCCUUCCUGCCUCUAUUCUCUACCCCUGUAUCACUCUCCAGGGGACUCUUGAUAUUACUCAGAUCUGACUGUGUCACUCCAAGGUGGAAAGCUCUCCAACCCAUCUCCUUCUACAGCACAGCUUCCCGAACAGGGUAUAAGCAUGCUGAGAUGGAGGCUGCCCUGGGCCCCAAGCAACCUCUCCAGUUAUCCUCAUAUGCGUGUAUGAAUAGUGUCAUUUUUCUGUGCGUGCAGUGAUGUGAAAAUGGCCUCAUCUCAUACCAUGGCUCCACCUUCCAUACACCAGCCACACGGAACUACUGUGGUUCCCAAAGGAGCCAUAUGUUUUCCCACUUAUGUGCCUUUGUACCUGUGCCUGGAACUCUCCUCUCUUUUUUUUUUUUUUUUUUUGAGACGGAGUCUUGCGUCUUGCUCUGUUGCCCAGGCUGGAGUGCAGUGGCGCGAUCUCGACUCACUGCAAGCUCUGCCUCCCGGGUUCAUGCCAUUCUCCUGCCUCAGCCUUCCGAGUAGCUGGGACUACAGGCACCUGCCACCACGACCAGCUAAUUUUUUUCUUGUUUGUUUUUUUUUUUUUUGUAUUUUUAGUAGAGACAGGGUUUCACCGUGUUUGCCAGGAUGGUCUCGAUCUCCUGACCUCGUGAUCCACCCACCUCGGCCUCCCAAAGUGCUGGGAUUACAGGCGUGAGCCACCGCGCCCGGCCCUCCGUUUUCAUCUAAGGUGUUUCAAAUGUCGCCCAAAGAAGCCUCCCUGCCCUCCGGGGGCAGACUUCCGCUUGCCCUCUCUGCUUCCAGAGCACCUCCUAGAUACCUCUCUUACAACUCCUACCACCUUGUUUUACUUAUUUGCUCCUUGCAGAGCUUAUAGUGAGCGUUUUCCAAGGAUACUAUAAGCUCCUGAGAGCAGGGGCCACGUCUUACUCUCAGUACCCACAACACACAGGACUCAGCAGGCCCUGACUCAUGUCUCUUCCAUGAAUGUGACUGGUGCCCCCAGGAGGCAGCCACCAUGCUGUCUCUGCCCCACGUUGUCCUUAUGUAUGUUUACAUGGAUGUCUCCCCAGCAGCUUGAACCCUGGAGAGCAAGAACAAUCUGAUUUUCCUGGGGGCCAGCACCCAGACAAGCCUGGCAUGCAGUGGCCUCAAUAAAAUGUGACUGUAUUGAGUCUCUUCCUAGGGCCCCAGAUCCCCUGGUGUCAUGGACUUAGUCUUUGCCAGCAUUCUGUCCAUGUGUUCUCUGGUCUUCUCCCACAAUGCUGCAUCCCUGUCCCAUUUUUAGGGUCCAUGUCUAUCACUGGAUCCUGCAGCUUCUCAUUACUGUUAGGGUAUUAUUCUUCAUGCCUCUGUUUCUGUGAUGGUCUCAUCAUAUGUGAACCAUUUGACCUGGCGUAUUGUGUACUAGUCACCGUCACCAUCUCUCCCUAUGUAUCUCCCUGUAUUUCGGGCCCAUUCCCUCUAUGUCAAGAGUAAAUAGAGUCACAAAGACUGAUGAGAAAGGUUCAUAACAUGAAGGUAAGACUCAGGGAGACAGAGACUUUGUGGAAGUAUCUCUGAGGGAGUCCCAGACACAGGCAGAGAGGGCCACAUACGAUGUGGCAGAGGUUGAGAGACUGACAGAGGGAUGACAGGCUUAGGGGAAAACUCAGAGACGAGAGAUGCACAUUCCCAGUGAAAUGAUUGCACAGGCUUCCAGCAGGCUGGAGGGAACAGAAAAGGCAUGGGCCUGAAUUCAGGCUGCAGAGCCUGACUCCUCCCUGCGGCUACUUUUGGGACCUAAGAUAAGUGACUUUCCUGAACCUCCAUGACCUCCUCAUAUGUAAACCAGGGACAGGACCCACCUUGUAUAGUGCCUGACCCAAAGCCUGGCCCUGCACACUGUCUCUGACUCACAGCAAUCAUCAGCACCUCUCUUUGCCUCCUACUUGCUCAGUCUCUUUGUCACAAGAACUGGAUCUCCAUCCCCUUGAUGCUCUGAGCAUCUUCACCCAUUUGGUCAUUGAGACGUAUCUGUCCAUGUCUGUCUAAAAGGGGAGGAGAUGAGGGAGAAAAAAGGGAAUCUACUCAGAGCCCGUGUGUGCUGCCCAGUCUACCAAAUAAUUUAUAUACAUCUCAAUCCUCACACAACCAUCCCUGUUUUAUAGAGGAGGAAGUGGCUUAGAGAAUGUAACUGACCAAAGUCACACUGCCAGGAACUGGAAGCACUAGGAUUUGACAGCACAUCCAAAUAUGUCAGCAAUUUCAAUAAACAUGACUGUACUCAACAAA